UGUUGUCAUUAGUGGAGGAGGAAACAGUUGGUGUUGUUGGUGGUGGUGAUGGUGGAGGUGCCUUCCUGCCCUUCUCCCUCACGCUCUAACUCCUGAUUACUGCUCUGGGUAGCGGGGAGACAUUAUUCUUGGUUGUGGUGGAGGGUUGGUGUCAGAAUGGCCGCCGGGGAAGCGUCAAUUAACAGCACCAACGCUGAGUUCGGGGGCACAGGAGAAGCAGAAGCAGUGGUGGGCGUGAGUAAAAAAGAGAGAGCACCUUUGUUAACACAGCGUAAAUUGUUUCGAAGCUUAAGUGGACGAGACAUUAGCAGUACCAGUUCUGAGGAAAAUAAUGACUCGGGUCGCACGCUUGGCACCUUUGAAGGAGUGUUUGCUCCUGUUUGUCUUUCUCAGUUCAGUGCAUUGCUCUUCCUUCGUGUUGGAUUCAUCAUUGGUAACUUGGGCCUUCUGGCAUCUUGUGGCUCACUGUCGCUUGCCUACAUGAUCUUACUCUUCACCAUCCUCUCAGUUUGUGCCAUAUCUACAAAUGGUGCUGUUGAAGGAGGCGGGGCAUAUUAUAUGAUCAGCAGAACUUUAGGACCAGAGUUUGGGGGAGCUAUUGGAGCGCUGUUUUUCUUUGCAAACAUUUUCAGCAGUGCUCUCUACACAACUGGUUGUGUUGAGGGUUUGGUUGACAAUUUUGGUGAAAGUGGUAAAAUUGCACACUUCCUACGAGAAGGAAGAUGGUACAGCUUUGCCUAUGGAUCAGCAGUGAACGUCUUCAAUAUGUUGGUUUGCCUCGUCGGUGCUGGAUUGUUUGCAAAGUUGACAGUGGCAAUCUUGGCUAUUGUUCUCUUCUGCACGCUCUCAGUCAUUCUCAGCUUUCCCAUAAAUGAUUUUUUUAUUCCUGUGCCGAUACCAGCUGCCAAUCCUCUUGUAAAUGAUUCUUAUACGUUGUAUGGUAACUAUACAGGAUUUUCAGCACUUACACUGAAAGAGAACCUUGGGCUUCCAAGUGAACCAUAUCGUGACUAUACCACAUGCAGCGGAGACGAUUAUGAAACUUGUAGUAUAGUCACCUUUGCCCUGACUUUUGGAGUGUUGUUCAGUGGUGUCACAGGGAUUAUGGCUGGAGCUAAUAUGUCUGGAGAACUUAAAGAACCAGGACGAAGCAUUCCCUUCGGCACACUUAUGGCAACACUUUUCACUUUUUUGACGUACUUGCUGUUAUUUGUUCUAACUGCUUCUACAUCUACAAGAUUCUUACUCUGUAACAACUAUAUAUUUAUGAUGGGUGUCAACAUAUGGAAACCUUUUGUUACCGUUGGAAUUGUGACAGCAACAUUGAGUGCAAGUUUGAGCAACAUAAUUGGAUCAUCAAGAGUUUUAGCAGCAUUGGUAAAAGACAACAUUUAUGGAAAAAUGACUCGUUUCAUUGGGUUAAUGUCUUGUGGAAGUAACCCAGUGGGAGCAGUGGUUGUGUCAGCCAUUCUUGUGGAGGGUGUGCUGCUCAUUGGAGGACUCAACACAAUUGCAAAAUUUACUUCUAUUUUCUUCCUUCUCUCCUACUUGGCAACCAACUUGGCAUGUCUUGGGCUUGAAUGGGCCAGUGCUCCUAAUUUUAGGCCAACCUUCAGGUACUUCUCUUGGUGGACAACAUUGCUUGGAAUAAUUGGAAAUGGUGCAAUGAUGUUUGUAAUCAGUCCAUCAGUGGCUGGGAUCUGUGUUAUUAUGUUGCUGGUGUUGGUUAUUAUCCUUCAUCUGCAGUCACCCUCAGAGCACCACCAAUGGGGGUCUAUAUCUCAGGCUCUUAUAUUCCAUCAGGUGCGGAAAUAUUUGCUGUUGUUGGAUUCUCGAAAAGACCAUGUCAAGUUUUGGCGGCCCCAAAUGCUACUCAUGGUGAACAACCCAAGAUCUGCGUGCCCACUGAUUGACUUCACAAAUGAUCUCAAGAAGUCUGGCUUAUAUGUUUUGGGUCAUGUAAAGGUUGGCAAUUACAAUGAGGGGGAGAGAGACCCAGCUGCAGAGGAUUACCCAAAAUGGAUGGCACUGGUGGAUCAUUUGAAGGUCAAAGCAUUUGUUGAGGUGACUGUUGGGCGCACUGUGCGUGAAGGCUUACACCAUUUGGUUCGUGUUUCUGGGCUAGGAGCCAUGAAGCCUAAUACAAUUCUCUUUGGCUUCAGAGACAAUACUCCUUCUCAGGAUUUCUUCACUAGAUACAAGAUUCCAGCAAAAAUUUCGUACGGCUCAAUAGAUGCAGAGUUUGGAGAGUCACCAUUACAGGGGGAGUCUUCUCCAUUUAAUGUCAGCAACUACCAAGCCACGUCACCUACGUCUGCAUCGCCUUCCUUACUGGCUAGUGGAUCGCCAGGCUCUGUAAUUACCCCAGAAGAGUAUAUUGGAAUGAUUGCUGAUGUCCUCAAUUUAGGCAAGAAUGUGUGUCUGUGCCGGCAUUUCCACCAGAUGGAUAAAGCUGCUAUUUUGAGAAAGGACAACCGACAAAAGUUCUACAUCGACGUUUGGCCAGUAGAUUUUUUUAACCCUGACGAGUCGAAUAUAUUUGGCACUACUUCACUCUUCUUGAUGCAGCUGGCAACAAUUUUAAAUAUGGUAUCAUCAUGGCGGAAAAGAACAAUGUUAAGGGUGUUUCUGUGUGUGUCAUCUAGAGAUGCUGAUCCAGAAGCCCAGAAGAAGCAGGUUAAACACAUGUUACAUGAACUUCGCAUUAAUGCAACCAUUGUCCCUGUACCCUGGGACCAUGUUGUUACUAACAUUGCUCAGGGCCAGAGUGAUUCCCAAUCUGAAGCAGAGGCAGAUACAGACUAUCUAUCACAUCUUAAUAAUGGUUACAUCAAUGGUGUCAAUGGACUUGUAUCCGGACAGAGUGUGGACACUGCAGUGACCUUCCUAUAUUUACCUCGUCCCCCACCGACUCCAGCUCAUUAUGCUCGUUACCUUGAACUACUUACCCAGAUUACCAAUGGCUUGAGACCCACUGUCAUGGUACAUGGAAUAUCUGCUGUCACCACCACUAACUUAUAGCUCCGUCCAAGUUGAACAAACAAAGGAAUUGAGGCAUGCGAAAAGAAGCACAAUACGCAUUUUUAUAUAUAUGUGAUAAUGAGGUAUAUACCCUGGGCACGCAAAUCUGGCCGUGUUAGUAGCUGACUUAUACCAAAUAUUUUUUCUAAUUUAUUUCAGUACAUAUUCUAUAUUUUUCUCACCAAAGGUUUUAUCCAGUAAAUAUGACAGGCAAUCAAAUACCAUGUAGUCAUGGAAUGUGUUGUCCCUCUGAAUGAUUUUAAUCUGAAGUUUCAUCAUCAUUUAAUGACCCGAGUUGAAUGCUUGAAUAUUUACUCAUGCCAGGAUGAAGUAAUUUUAAAUGGUUAUAAUUGUAGAUAAUGAAUGAGUUUGGUGGGUUUAAUAGCUAGUAUUUUAAAUUUUGAUUUUUAGUAAAAUAUAUGUUGCGAGCAUUACAUAUAAUUUAUGUGCAUUGAUAUAUUGCACAUUACCACGUAGGUACAUUUAUUAAUGUCUUAUUUAAAUACUGUACAUCGGAAUUAAUUUUCACAUUAAAAAUAAGACAGUGUUAAAAGGCAGACAAUGUAUGUUUUUGGUUUUCUAUAUUCCAUUCAAAAAUGUUACAAAGAGUGUAUCAGUGUAUUUUCUGAAGGUUCAAAAUGUGAUGUGUUAAUUUAUAAUGAAAAUAAUGAUGUCUUAAUUUAUAAUGAUAACACUAAAGGUCUUAUUUCACAAUAAUAAAGACAAGUCAUAUUUUAUGUGUGUGUUCAAGUUUUAUUUAUAUUUUAAUAUAGAAUAAGAAAUUUUGACAUAAAUGUUGAAAGAAAAAUUACAAGGUGAGAAGUUAGUAGAUCUAGACUUAGUUCGGUGUUCCUUGUGAACUGCGAGGUAUGCCUUGAAGUAGUAUAAGUGGAAUUUCUACUAUCUGCCACUUAACUAAAUCACAAAAUUGGGUAUACUAAUUGAUUUGCAGGGUUACUUCUUCACUUCUUUUGGCGGCCAGAGUGAAGAAAUGCUACCCACUUCUUAGAGUUUCUUUCACUCAUACUCUUGACUAGUUAGCAGAAGCUGAGUCCCUUAUGGAGACAUGCUAAUUGCAGUUUUGACCAACUCAUCAUUGUGCACUUGCUGUUAUUCUAGAUGUUUGACAUGCAGUGGAGAGUUCUAAUAGGCCUCAUUUGUAGAGGGCAAAUGCCUCUAGUGCCAUCUAAUCAGCAUUCGUACUUGCUAUCUUUGGCUAUAGAUGACAGUGCUAAUGACUAACACCUAUUUCUUAUCCUUCCUCCCCAUCUAUAUCAGCUUCUCUCCUCCCUCAUUUCUCAGCCUGCUUCCUUCCUCUCUUUUCUCAUCCUUUCUUUCCUCUUCUCCCUCAUCUUUCUUGUCUUUUCUCUGGUUAAAGAACGGCUCUUAAUGGGAGAGUAAGUAAUUUUUAUUAACUUCAGAAGGAGAUCAAACUUCUAAUGAGUGGAACAUAGUUGCAGAUAUCAGAAACACUGCAGGAACAUGUGUAAACAUCUACAAGAAGAAAACAGACCAUUUGCUAUUCCCAGUGCCCUGUAAACCAGGCUGUGACAGGUAUGUGGGCCAGUGGGCUGCCAGCAGCAACAGCCUGAUUGACCAGAUAAGACUGGUCUAGGGCAGGUCUGAGAGAAUAGGAAAACUCAAAACCUAUCAAAAGUAUACCAAAAGAUGAGAGCAAGCAUAUCAUUAUUCAAUAGGUGCAGUGCUACUUUCUCUCUUCCUACUACAGUAGAGUUGCUGAUUGAGAGUAUGUAUAUUAUUGUUAUGGGUGGAGUAUUGCUCUCCCUUUACCUGCUAUCACACCAUCCUCUUUCAGUAUACAGCAAUAAGUAAAACAUUUUCACCACCACCGUUACACAAGAUAAUGGAAUGGUUUUGAAUUUCUCUUUUAACAUUGUUAAUAUAAAGAGCAUUUCUUAUUUGAAUUCAUUAUGGUCAGUAAUUACAUGCAACAAAUAAACUAUCCAUUAAAAUUAUGUCUUGUAAUAUAUGACCGAGAACACAAACAUGUGGAUAGUAGAGGUUCCGCUAGUCUAGCUCUCCUGCAGAUGCAGGUAUCUUUAAUGGUUGUGUAGCUUCCUAAGAUAAAUUGCUAAGUAAGUUUUUUAAUAUACUUGUGACUCGUUUCACUUGCCCCUGAUUAACGUUAUAUUUAUGUAAAAUUUAUAUGUGCUUUAUCUGAUAGUAGUAAGAGAAUUUAAUUACUUUUAAAAUUAUCUUCAAAAUGGACCACUUAUUACAGUUAAAUUGCAAUGUAGUAUUAUAUUAAUUAAGUGUAUCAUAAAUAUGAUUUGGUAUUACAUGUAUUACUAAGUUAAUGAAUAUUAAUUUUUUCAAUAGUUUUCUAAUUUUGAAUUUAGCAAAGAAGUUAAAAAAAAUUCUUUUUUUUUCAUUUGGCUCUCUUACUGAGGUGAUAAUAAAAACCCUUGUAAAACUGCUUGUGGAAAAAGACACUUAUGUACAGUUCAGGACAUUUAUUACAGGAAACUGUACAUGAGUGUCUUUUUUCACAUCUUGUCAUAUCGCCAUACCAUUUUUCAGUUUUAUACUUCUGACUACAGCAUGUCCCUGAAUAACAUUGUUUUGUUAUAACAUUGAUAAGAAAAAAAUUGAAUUUAAUACAAUGAAUACAAAUUACAGUGGACCCUCAACCAGCGAUAUUAAUCCGUUCCUGAGAGCUCAUCGUUAAUCGAAAUAAUCGUUAGUCAAGUUAAUUUUCCCCAUAAGAAAUAAUGGAAAUCAAAUUAAUCCGUGCAAGACACCCCAAAGUAUUGAAAAAAAAAUUUUUUACCACAUGAAAUAUUAAUUUUAAUACACACAAACUGAAGAAGACAUGCACAGUUACAUGACACUUACCUUUAUUGAAGAUCUGGUGAUGAUUGAUGGGAUGGGAGGAGGGGAGAGUGUUGAUCUUCUUAGUGUUUAGAAUUGGAAUCCCCUUCCAUUAGGACUUGAGGUGGCAAGUCCUUUUUCGGGGUUACUUCCCUUCUUCUUUUAAUGCCACUAGGACCAGCUUGAGAGUCACUGGACCUCUGUCGCACAACAUAUCUGUCCAUAGAGGCCUGUACCUCCCGUUCCUUUAUGACAUUCCUAAAGUGUUUCACAACAUUGUCAGUGUCACAAUUAAACACUUGUUCAGGUUUCAAUUCUUCACUGUCUAUGUACUCCUUGAAUUCCUGCACAUAUUUUUCAGCUGCUUUUUGGUCCAAACUGGCAGCCUCACCAUGCCUUAUCACACUAUGUAUGCCACUACGAUUCUUAAAUCUCUCAAACCAACCUUUGCUGGCCUUAAACUCACAUCACCACUAGUUGCUGGCAUUUUUCUAAUUAAAUCCUCAUGCAACUUCCUAGCCUUUUCACAUAAGAUCUCUUGAGAGAUGCUAUUUCCUGCUAUCUGUUUUUCGUUUAUCCACACCAACAACAGUUCCUCAACAUCUUCUAUCACUUGCGAUCUCAGUUUCGAAAACAUAGUUGCACCUUUGGCAAGAACAGCUUCCUUGAUUGCCGUUUUCUUGGCCACAAUAGUAGCGAUGGUUGAUUGGGGUUUUGUGUACAACCUGGCCAGCUCAGACACACGCACUCCACUUUCAUACUUAGCAAUGAUCUCUUUCUUCAUAUCCAUAGUAAUUCUCACCCUUUUUGCUGUAGGGUUGGCACUAGAAGCUUUCUUGGGGCCCAUGGUGACUUAUUUUGCAGGUGCAAUCACUAAAAAGGCUGUGAUAAUAUGAAAUGUUCCGAUUGUAUGCUUGGAAGCGACCGCGGUGGCUGGCUGGCAUGUAAACACUGGCCAGAAGUGGACACAUCUAAGACGGAACGAAUAGUGUUGGUCGAGUUUUUUAGCGCUAGUCGAGGCAAAAUUUUUGUGUUAAAAUGUAUCGCUGGUCGGAUUUAUCGUUAAUCGAUGCCAUCGACUGGUCGAGGGUCCACUGUAUUGUAAAAUAAAAAUUCGUAAAGUAUACAAUAAUCACACAAGUGCAUGGCAGCAAACAUCACAGCAUGAAAGCACUCAGCGAGGCCACCAUAUUUGUUAUUAUUUGUUUUUGAACUGCCUGGUGGUAGGAGGAGCUCCUUACAAUUUUUGCUUUGCAACCAUUUAUUCCUUGAUUUUACCCUGUUACAAUAAGUGCUAAAGGUGCAUUGUGCACCCCUGAUGUUUGUGGCCACAAAAAAACAGAUAAAAGGUGUGAUAUUAAAAACAAAACUUGAGGUUUUUAUAUCAAUUAGCCUAUGAUAAGAUUGGUUUUGCCAUACAUCAUUUUGCUUAAAUUUAGUCAGUUUCCAAGAACCUAUCAACAAUGUUGAGGACUGACUGUAAUCUCUUAUGGUGACUGUCUUCCGUUUCUGGUGAUCCCUCAUCAAAUGUUUUGGGUAAUCCGCUAUCCAAUAGUGUGUUCUUUCUUAUAUCCCAUUCUACUUUCCUAAUUUGUAAAUUAGUUGCCCUUUAGGCAUCAUAUCAAGGGUUAUCUGUCAGUCAAAGUAUGUGGACUCCACGUUUCCUUCCCUGUCUUGCAUCAUUCUAUUAAGAAACUAUAUUAAGUUGGUGAAGCAUGAUUUUCCUUUCCCAAACUUGGGCUGUUGGUCUAUAUCCUUCUCAAGAUCUAUUUCAGCACUUAAGACUGUGUUAAUAAGCUUACCUUUGUCUCGUCUCCUUGCCAGACUUACUUGUGGUGCAGCCAUUCAAGAGAGGCUGUUGGAAAAUUAUAGAUUCCUUUGGAAAUGAGUUUGAAAGAAUCUGUUUCUGUAAGAAUAACAUGACUAAAAUUUUAGAGAAUAUAAACAAGAGUGGAACAAAAGGCUAGUAACCCCUUCUGUAUAUAUUACUGAAGUUAAAAAGAGAAACUUUUGUUUUUCAUUUUGAGCCACCCUGCUUUGGUGGAAUAUGGCCAGUUUGUUGAAAGAAGAUAAACAAAAGUGUAAACAAAAUACUGUGUACACCCAGUUUGUUUUUAAAAUGUUUUGGAAAUGUUGUCUGUAUGAACUUUGUACUGAAAGGUUUCUACACAUUACCAUUUCUUGAUGUAUAGUGCUCCUUGGGAAUUCAUGGGGUGGGUAUAUCAUUGAAUUUCCAUGAAAUUUAAAAACUUCAAAUACCUGUAUUGUACUUGUGUAAUUAAGUUUUGCAUUUCUGUGACCAUUUCUAAAUAUUGCUCUAACCUGAUUAAUGUUGUCAUCCAUAUAAAAGUUUCGAGAAUGAAGGAAGAUUAGGUUGUGAGGAAUCCAGUGAGCACAUCUUCCAUGAAAUUCUGUGGAUGGUUUAGGGGUCAAGAGCCAUAGCACAAGAAAAUGAGCUCUAUAAAAAUAGGCAUUUUUAGAAACAUUUUAUAGGAGAUUCACAAGGAAAAAGUCAGCCAAUUUGUAAAGAUUACUGUAUAUCAUGAUAACACAAAUGAUAUGUCUUGUUAUGACAGCUGUUGCUCACAAGGAAGAAAAUAAAUUUUCAAUGGGCUAUUUUUGUCCAUCAGUAUCCAGGUUGUUUGAAAAUCUUUGAUUUUGUUAAAGCUUAUACUGAUGUAAUAUACAAGUUGUGUGUUGAAAUUGUUCGUUUAUGAGGGCAGAGUUGUCCGUGAGGAGAUGCAGCACCAUUUUGUUUGUCAUAGGUGCAUUUGUGUAAUUAUUCACCACACUGAUUCUACCAUACAACUUUGUUUUACUUCCUUACUCUCAUUCUACCAUUCUUUGUAUACUCCACCACUCUCAUUUUACCAUGCUUCUUUGUGUACUCCACUCAUUCUACCUUGCUUCUUUUGUUUACUCCACCACUCAUUCUAUCAUGCUUCUUUGUUUUAUGCUUUAAAUAAUCAUAAUUAUCCUUUAUUAUAUUACAAAUUUAUAUUAUUUAUUAUUAUUUAUUAAAAAAUUUACACCCAAUAAAAACUGCUACAAAUUCA